AUGACAUCCAAGACCAGGAAAGUAGCCGUUAUCACUGGUGCCAAUAGUAACCUUGGGUUGAACAUUGCUUAUAGAUUAAUCGAAAGACAGUCUGCUGACGUCAGAUUGACCCUUGUGGUCACUUCGAGGACGUUGCCUCGUGUAAGAGAGGUUGUUGAGUUGAUCAAGAAGUUUGUUGCAACUCAGGAGGAUCCAUGCUCUGUGGAUUUUGACUAUUUACUUGUGGAUUUCACCAACAUGGUGAGUGUUUUGAACGCGUACUAUGACUUGAACCAGAAAUACGAGAGCAUCAAUUACUUCUUUGUGAAUGCUGCACAGGGUGUCUAUGAUGGUAUUGACUGGAUUGGUGCUGUAAAGCAGGUGCUAUCUGAUCCACUUGAAGCUGUUACCAACCCCACUUAUAGGAAACAGCUAGUGGGUGUCAAAUCAAAGGAUGAAAUGGGACUGGUCUUUCAGGCCAAUGUAUUUGGACCAUAUUAUUUGAUCCAGAAAAUUCUACCUCAAUUGUCGAAGGGGAAAGCUACUGUGGUUUGGAUUUCCAGUAUUAUGGCUGACCCAAAACACUUAUCUCUACAGGAUAUCGAAAUGAUCAAAUCAGAUGUUACUUAUGAAGGUUCUAAGAGAGUUGUAGACUUAUUACAUUUGGCCACUUAUAAGCAAAUGAAAUCUCAAGGUAUUCACCAGUACGUGGUUCAACCCGGUAUUUUCACCAGUUAUUCAUUCGCCAAGUACUUGAACUUCUUCACCACUUUUGGUAUGUUGUUCUUGUUCUAUUUGGCCAGACUACUUGGAUCCAAAUGGCACAACAUUGACGGUUACAAAGCAGCUAAUGCUCCAGUAUACGUUGCCACUCUAAUAAAUCCACAUUUUGAACACCAAGAAGUUAAGUAUGGAUCUGCAAGUUCAAGAGAUGGUAUGGAGUAUAUUGAAACUACAGACAUCGAUAAGACCGGAUCAAGUGACGUUCUUGCAUACAUUGAGAAGAAGAAAUUAGAAUGGGAUGACAAGUUAAAAGACCAAAUAACGAACUCAAGAAUUCCAAUUUAA